AUGGUCGAUAGUGGAAAGCAGCUGCUCGACUCUCUAGCUCGAAUUCAAACUAUCGUCGAGCAUUCGCAUCACUCUAUACAAGAACAAUCUAAACAGUUAGCUGAUUGUUUGCUUACGAAUAACGUUGAUGAAAUUUUAUCAUUUUACGAUGAAGAUAUUGAAUUCUUUGAAAGUGGCACUCCGAUUUGUAGGGGUUUAGAUGCUCUCCGAAUGUACUAUUCAACGAUGCGAAAAAUCGGUUUAAGGGUGAUUUCUCGAAAAGUCACCGAAUUACACACACUAAGUCCAUUUAUUGUCAUCGAAAGAGGUGAAUUUUGCUUACAAAGAAGCAAAAAUGUCGUUGUAUGUGGAAGGUCGGCAAUUUCCCACAAGCGUGUACAUAGUUCCAUGAGCGACCUACGACCAGUUAAAUGGUUUUGGCCUCAAGAAGAACCAACGACUCUCGAUGUCUAUCAAAACAAAACAUAUGCUAGGCAGUUUCGGCAAGCAGUUUCACUUUCCGAUCUCUAG